AUGUCCAUAAUCAUGAAAGGCUACGACACUGCUCUGAUCGGCAGUUUUUAUGCGCACCCUGAGUUCAAAUCGGUCAGGGCGCAGGUCGCUGGCCAGGUUCUCUGUGGUAAGCUCCAUGUCCUUCCAAACUUCAAAAACGAUUAUGCCAACCAUGGUACUUUUAUCCUCAUGGGCGUCAUGCAAACCCUCGUUAAUCGGCCAGACGAGUGGUCCUAUCGCAUUCCCUACGCCGUGCCAUGGAUUUGGCCGGCACUGUUAUGCGUGAUUGCAAUCUCCAUGCCCGAGUCGCCGUGGUGGCAGGCGGGGAUGAGCGCAAAUUAUUCCUACAAGCUUGCGCUGGGCGGGGCGGCCAUCGCCUUCAUAGGGACUGUCUUGUCUUGGUUCUUGAUGAAAGGCUUCGGGAGGCGCUCUAUGUACCUCGGUGGGGUGGCGAUGAUGUGCGUCUACCUCUUCAAUAUUGGGAUACUGGAUCUAGUGCGGGAGAUGGCCGGUGUAAAAUGGGCGCAGUCAUCGUUGUGCAUUAUCUGGCUGUUUACCUACUUUCUGAGCGUCGGACCGCUGGGAUGGUCCAUUGCGCCGGAGGUAUCCUCGACGAGGCUUCGUUCUAAGACGAUCGUGCUGGCGCAGAACACGUACUAUAUCGCCAUUGUGGUUGCGAAUGUCAUUGAGCCGUACUUUAUAAAUCCCACCGCUUGGAACUGGCUAGGCAAGACCGACUUCUUCUGGUUCGGCACUGGACUCGCCACGUUGAUUUGGGGUUUCUUUAGGCUUACAGAGACGAAAGGCAGGACGUUUGAAGAGCUCGAUAUCAUGUUUGCUGCCAAGGUGCUGACGAGAAGGUUCAAAGCGUAUCAUGUCGAUCUAUACGCGGAAGACCUCAAUAUUAAGGACAGUGCAAAGGAGAACGGCCAUCAUAUCCCUGCGUCAUGGGAGUUUGUCCCCGGAACAGACCCAGAUCGAGGGUAG